UCACCUUGCUAACCCAACACUGCUUGAUGAACUGGUGAGUAAACUCCCACUUUAUAAACGAGAAGAAUGGGCACGCCACAUUUUUGCCAUAAAUAAGCCCUAUCCAUCAAUUCGUGUAUUCAGUACGUGGUUGCAGCAAAUUUCUAUGUAUAUUGUAAUGGCCGCUGAAGUAAAUCAAUCACCUGCUAAUCCCGAACAGCUGACACUAAAAUGUAAUAGAUCUUCGAAAACAGUGCUGGCCAUAUCUGAAGAAAAGUUAAAGUGUAUAGUUUGCAAAUGCCCGUAUGAUACUAUGUUUUUGUCCUGUACUUUUCAUUUGAAAUACAAACAAAAAAACUGACGAAAGUCAAAUUACAAAAACUAUUCGGCAAUGUGUUAGAGAAAGACAAAUUCUGUGUGAGGAACAGCUGAGUUUUGACGUUUCAUUACCGAAAUUCGAAUAAACGAAAUUAAAAUUGAUGUAAAACAGUUUUGUAACAAUAAAAAUGAAAUUAAAGUGGCAGACAACUACGUAUUCCAUUUAAUUGACAAAGUCCACGGUGCAGAAUAUAUAUGGAAUCAUAUGCUCCCAUCAUAUAAGCACAAAUAUAGAAAGCAGCAGUUUUGGCUCGCUUUGGUGGAUGAAAUGAACUCAACGUUCACAGCAAAUGUACCAUUUCAAUACGAUGAAGUUACGCACAAGUGGUGCAACAUCAAGUCAUAAUUCAGUUCAGAGAAGCAGAGGAUGGACAAGGCAAAGAGAAGCGGUGCCGGCGGAGACGAAAAUGUACAGACCAGCUGGAAGUUCUAUGAAGCUUUGAAAUUCCUACAACAUGUGAAUGAGCAUACACCAUCAGUGAAUAAUUUUAAUAAGUGGAGUUUGCAGAACCUGGACCCUGAUCCCAAUCCAUCGCGUAAGCUUGGGGAGCAACCGCAGCCUGCAGAAUGUUUCGAUCCAGGCUUUGACUCAGAGUCAUCCUUUUCACUCAUCGAAGACAACACAGAGUUCAUUACAAUUACCCCUCUUGCAAUUACAAGUAACAGCAGUAUCCAGUCGCUCCAAGAUACUAAAAACAUCUCUACAGAAGACACUAAUAGUGAUGCAACACCAAUUAAAAUCAUAUCGGAUGAGAUUGUAACUCCACCUCUGGUUACUUCGCAAAACUGUGGUCGGUUUGAUGACAAUAACAACAAUAGCACUAGAAAGUUGGUCCAUGCAACAAGAAAACGAAGAACAAAAAUUAAUAAUGAUUUGGAUGAAAACGCCUCUGCUUUAAUCGAAGCAUCACAAAAUUUAACAAAUGCCUUUCAUGUUGCAUCAAAAACAAAUAACACUGACGAAAAGGCAAACAGUUUUGGGAUAUACAUGGGUGAAGAAAUUGUAAAACUGGACCCCGACUUGCAACUCAAAGCGAAGAAACAAAUGCAUGACAUUUUGAUGGAUCUGCAAAGUGAACAAUUGAAACGGAAUGGGCUUAUGUAACACAAUGACUAUUUAUAUGUAUGUAUGUACACUCAUAGACAAAAAUAGGAGUGUCCCUUUUUGUCAUGUUUUGACCAUUUUCCGUAGGUUAUUGAAUUUUAAUAACUUAUUUAUAAAACUUUAGUUAACUCUACAACCAAACACAUAUCA